CUCCCGGCGGACCUUAAGAAUGCGCCACUGCCACCGCCGCCGGCGUUGCCCGCGGAGCGCCCGCUGAGCGCCCCCGGCACGACCUCCUCCGUCGCCACGACCACGACGACCACCACGGCGGCGGCCACGACCCCGACGUCGCAGCCCUGCCUGCCGCCGGCCACCUGCGCCGCACAAGGAGCCAAAAUUUUCGGGACAGCGCUCGAUGUGACGCCAGCCAUGGACAUUCAGGCGAUGCAGUCUAUGGACUGGCUGUUCAAGAAAGAGCGCAUCUACUUGCUGGCGCAGUUCUGGCAACAGCGCGCCACGCUGGCCGAGAAGGAGGUGAGCGCGCUCAAGGAGCAGCUGGCCUCCGGCGGCGGCGGCGGGGGCGGAGGUCUGCAGCCGCAGCAGCAGGGCAAGGCGGCCGGCGACAUGGAGCCUUCCGCCCUCGAGCACGAGCUCGCCGCCAAGGACAAGGAGAUCGCGCAGCUGCUGGAAGACGUGCAGCGGCUGCAGACGACGCUGUCGCAGCUGCAGGAGUCUUCGGCGGCGCAGGUGGCGCGCCUGGAGGAACAACUGGAGCACCGGCGGCAGCACAUCGCGCGCCUGGAGAACAGGCUGGACCAGCAGCGCGACUACGAUGACCUCAAGCGGGAGGUUAGUCUGCUGCGGGCGAUGGAGCUGCCACUGUCUGGAGAUAAGCCGCUGGAGCUUCUGCUCCUGGAGAGGAGCAAGGCGGCUGCGACGGCCCUGCAGGCGGAGGCCAAGACGCCGGAGUCCGCAGAUCCCCUGCAGCAGCAGCAGCAGCAGCAGACGACGCCGCAGCCUCCGUCUCAGGGUGGCGGCUCGGGCGCGCCAUCGCCGGUCGCGCGGACGCCACCGGCUCCGUCGUCGUCGUCGUCGUCGUCGUCCUCGUCCGCCGGGUCGGCCGCCGCGUCAUCGGCCGGCGCAUCCCCGGCGUCGGCGUCCGCGUCGCUAGUGAAUACGACGCCCGCCAUAGCCAGCCCACUAUCGGCACCACUGGACCACCCAGGUCACCACCACCACGCCGGCCACCACCACCACCAUCACCACCACCACCAACAGCAGCAGCACCAGCAGCAACAGCAGCUACUGAACGGCAGCCCACGUACGCCGCCGGACAGCAGUGGACCCGCCGCGACAGACGCCGUCACCAGCAAUCCGGGACUGGUGAUUCCGCCGCCGCCCACGAGUACGCCGACGCUGCCUCCCUCCUCCGCCGCCCCCAUGUAUUUCCGCAGCCCAGCGGACGAGGCCAGCAUGAAGAGCCCCUUCCGCUUCGACGACCCGCGCAGCCCGUUCCGCUUCACCGACGAUUCGCCCGUCGGCGGCGUGGCCCGGCUCGGCGAGUCGCUCAUCCCCAAGGGGGACCCCAUGGAGGCGCGCUUGCAGGAGAUGCUACGCUACAACAUGGACAAGUACGCGACGCAAAACCUGGAUACGCUGCACAUCUCUCGGCGGGUGCGCGAGCUGCUGUCCGUGAACAACAUCGGGCAGCGGCUGUUCGCCAAGUACGUGCUCGGGCUGUCGCAGGGCACCGUCUCCGAGCUGCUGAGCAAGCCCAAGCCCUGGGACAAGCUCACCGAGAAGGGUCGCGAUUCCUACCGCAAGAUGCACGCCUGGGCCUGCGACGACAACGCCGUCCUGCUGCUCAAGUCGCUGAUCCCCAAGAAAGGAAAGGACUCCGCUAUGCCUCCAUUUGGAAGGGGUGAGACAGACAACAUGACCGAGGAGAGAAUUGCACAUAUCCUAAAUGAGGCUUCACAAAUGAUGAAAGUGGAGGACAGCCACAGCAGUGACAGCAAAUCACCGAACCACGCACAGUGUCCAUCACCACUGGGUGGAAAGGACAACUCACAGAACCGACGGCUCAAGAAAUAUGAAAAUGAUGACAUUCCACAGGAAAAGGUGGCCCGAAUCUACCAGGAGGAGCUGGCCAAGCUGAUGGGGCGACGCAUGGACGAUCACAUGCGGGGACCCCGCGAACCUUUCCAAAGCCUACUAUUCCCUGGCUUUGGGCCAAUGGACCGUACGCAGGAGGAGAUCCGUAUGGCAUUGGAUGCAUAUCACCGAGAAUUAGCCAAGUUGAAUUCUGCUUGCCCAAGCACAGCUGGCCUGCUUGCUCUACAGCAGCAAGCCGCCAUGAGCCAUCAGCAGCAACAACAGCAUCAGCAACAACAACAGCAGCAGCAGCAGCAGCAGCAGCAGCAGCAACAACAACAACAGCAGCAGCAGCAGCAGCAACAGCAACAGCAACAGCAACAACAACAGCAACAGCAGCAGCAGUUGAAUGGAGUAGUCCAAGACCUGUCAAUGCCGAAACCAGCGACAGUUUCAGCUGAUCAGAGGGACGAGAAACUUCCCAAUGGUGAAGUCCCAUCUGCAAACUGCGACCCAGUAUCUGCUGCGGCUGCAGCUGUCGCCGUCAAGAAGGAAGUCCUCGAGUCCGUUGCAGAUGCUUUGCGACAUGCCGGUAGUGCCUUCUCCCUUGUAAGGCCCAAACUUGAACCAGGCUUAGGUCAACCAGGACAACAGCAAAGUGGAGGGUCUGCAGCAACGACGCCGGGAAUCCCCACAAGUGGUAGCAGUCCUCUCAGUAAUUCCAUCUUGCCGCCAGCGAUGACCCCGGCUGACGACUUCGCGUCUUCGGCAGCCGCGAGCCCCCUGCAGCGGAUGGCCAACAUCACAAAUUCUCUCAUUUCACAGCCGAGUGCCCCCACACAUCACUCUCCCUCACAGAGGCCUCUAAAAGCAGUGCUGCCACCCAUCACGCAGCAACAGUUCGACAUGUACAACAACCUCAACACAGAGGAAAUUGUGAAGAAGGUGAAGGAGUCGCUAAGCCAGUACUCAAUAAGCCAGCGGCUGUUUGGAGAGUCAGUGCUGGGGCUAUCGCAAGGCAGCGUGUCAGACCUCCUAGCACGGCCCAAACCGUGGCAUAUGCUGACGCAGAAGGGGCGUGAGCCCUUCAUUCGAAUGAAGAUGUUCCUCGAGGACGACAAUGCCGUCCACAAGCUGGUUGCCAGCCAGUACAAGAUAGCACCUGAGAAGCUCAUGAGGACCGGCAACUACGCUGGAGGCCCACUCAAAUCUCCAUGUGCCUCACUGACAAAGCCGCAGCCGCCGAAACUGGCGAAGCAGCCAGAGCACCAUAAUGGGCACAGUGGCCACGGUGCCCACCUGGGCCACGAACUGCCUGCCUCACUGCAGCUGCAUCACCCACACCAUGCUGCUGCUGCUGCAGCAGCUGCCGCCGCUGCUGCUGGGGCUGGUGCACCCGCCUCAGUGCCCCAGCCACCACCACCACCCAUGCUUGUGGGGCCAGGUGCAUUGGGGCUGGCAGGCUAUGGUGCUGCACUCACUGCUGACAAGAAGGACCGCCACGGGCAGCCACCGCCACCACCGCCGCAACAGCAUCAGCAGUCCGGCAUGGCCAUGGCGGCACUGCGCGGGCUCCAGCAGCAUGUGGCACCCUCCGUCUACGAGAUGGCUGCACUCACGCAGGACCUCGACACACAGACCAUCACCACCAAGAUCAAGGAGGCACUCCUUGCCAACAACAUAGGCCAGAAGAUUUUCGGAGAGGCGGUGUUGGGGCUGUCUCAAGGCUCAGUGAGCGAGCUGCUCUCCAAGCCAAAGCCUUGGCACAUGCUGAGCAUCAAGGGUCGCGAGCCCUUCAUCCGGAUGCAGCUGUGGCUCAGCGACGCUCACAACAUCGACCGGCUGCAGGCGCUGAAAAACGAGCGCCGCGAGGCCAACAAGCGCCGCCGCAGUGCCGGGCCUCCAGGCUGCACGACUGGAGGUGGCGUCGCGGGUGGCGGAGGCAGUGGCAGUGGCGGUGGCGCAGACAACAGCAGCGACACCUCCUCCAACGACACUUCCGAGUUCUACCACAGCCCGAGCCCUGGGCCCGGACCACCAUCAGCCAAGAAGCAGCGUGUCCUCUUCUCAGAGGAACAGAAGGAGGCGCUGAGGUUGGCCUUCGCUCUGGAUAGCUAUCCGAGCGUAGCCACCAUCGAGUUCCUCGGGGCAGAGCUGGCGCUGUCCACCAGGACCAUCACCAACUGGUUCCACAACCACCGAAUGAGGUUGAAGCAGCAAGUUCCACAUGACAGCAGCAGCGGAGGCAGUGGUGGUGGCCAGGGCCGUGAGGGCAGUGUGCCACCGGGUGCGGGAGGUGGUGGCAGUUUCGACCCCGUCCAGUUCCGGCUGUUGCUGAACCAAAGGUUGCUGGAGCUCCAGAAGGAGCGGAUGGGGCUAGCACCAGUGCCGCUGCCCUACCCGCCUUACUUUGCCAACAGCAACUUGGCAGCACUUGUGGGAAGGGGCCUGCUGCCAUCGCCAGGCUGUGACGUUGGGGGUGGUCCCCUGGCCGCCGCAGCCGCAGCUGCUGCUGCCGCUGCAGCUGCCGCCAAGGAGCAGUUCAGUGGGCUCGAUCUCAGCAUGGGCAUUAAGCGUGAGCCUGACUUCGAAGAAGAGGAGGACGCAGAGAGCAACCUUGGCAGUGAAGACUCCAACCUGUCUGGUAGCAGCCUGCGGGACGUCACUGCAUCUUCCGUCACGGGGUCUUCUGCCAAAAAGGACCUCCCUCUUUCAUCCUCUGUGGCAGUGUCACAGCCAUCAAGGACAUCGCGGCGCAAGCCAGCUGCCCCCCAGUGGGUGAACCCUGAGUGGCAGGACGCCACUGGUCAUGGGGAGGACCACAAGGACAAGGGUGGCGACCAGGAAGUCAUUAUAAAUGGGGUGUGUGUUAUGCAGACCGAUGAUUACGGGAUGAAGUUAUCCAAGGAUGAGGAAACUGUCCGUGUGGAGCCGACACCUGUCCUUGACAGGUAUGAUGAGGAUGAUGAUGAGGACCAAUGCAGUGAGGCCUCAUCGACGACAGGGGCAGACCGCGGAGGCAGCGAAGUGGCAACAACGAAUAGGCCUCCGUCAGCAUCGGCUUCUGACACAGGGAUUCCGGCACCUGCUAUAGGUCAGGAUGGUGAUGAUGGUGAUGAAGAACCCGAGCGGAGGAGCAUCAAGUCAGAGCCACGUUCCCCGACUGUCGCGCCUGAUGAUGCUGGUCCACUGCCGGAAGCUGCAGUCGUGCGUGAAGAAGAGGCUGUGGGUGAACAUUCCGUCACUGAUGGGUGGCAGUCUGAAGCAGAUUCUGCAGACGUGUUGCGCAGUAGGAUUAAGACCGAGGAGCAGGAGGACAGGUGGGAGUACUAGGUGCAGUGUCGUGCACCUAACUCUAUUUUGUGGUGGGAUCUUGGACGCUCUCCGAAAUGUGCGCCUCCCCCAGGAUGUGCAAUCAUCGAAAUCGGACUCUCGUCUCAAUUGUGAUCCUCAUUAUUUUUUAUUUGUUAUGUAAUUUUCGUAGAAGUGGAAGUCUAAAAGAAAAAAAAAGAAUAAAUAACGAUGUUAUCCAUCUACUUAAGCAUUAUUAGAUUUUAAA